AUGAAUAUUUCAGAUUUUUCUAAAUUACCUUCCAAGGCAAAACUGGUGGAUAACCAGGCCAGUGCGCCUUUUUCUCAAACUGGUGAUCAGAGUUCAAGAAAUUAUAAAAGAUUUAGAGCUAGCACAUCUGACUCGUCUAGUGAGGUUGAUGACAUCACAAAACAUGAUAAUUUUUUUCUGAUACGUCCAAAUUUGGAAACUGAUAGCUUUAGUACUAUGUCUCCUUUUGUCAUACAUAAAAAUAUUAUAGAGAAAGUUCCGAAGUAUAAAAAUGUUAGCAAAUUGCGAAGCGGCGAUUUACUAAUUGAACUACUCGAUCCGCAGCAUGCAAACAAACUUUUUGAAAUUAAUAAGAUUGGCAAUUUAGAGUGCAGAGUUACCUCACAUCCUUCACUAAAUAACAUUAAAGGAGUCAUAUCCUGUAGUGACCUGCAAUAUUGUAAAGAUAAGCAAGAAAUACUUGAUGAAUGCUCAGAACAAAAUCUGAUUGACAUAACCCAAAUCAAACGGGAAGUAAAUGGUGAACUUGUACCUACGAACACGUACAUUAUCACUCUACACAGUUUAACUCUACCAGAAUAUUUUUAUGUAGGCUAUCGUCGCUGUAAAGUAAGACAAUUUAUACCAAACCCAAAAAGAUGUUUUAACUGCCAAAGAAUAGGACACCUUUACACAUACUGUAAAUACGAAGCCACAUGCCCAUCUUGUGGAAAAGACAAGCACGAAAGUGAUUGUAAUCCGCCCCCUUAUUGCGUCAAUUGCGGCGAUAUAAAAGUUGCGUCAUCUAUAAGAAAGAAACCAUAA